UGUCGCUGGUCGAUGUUAGUACAUUCAUAACCUAUCGAGGUUGUUUUCACAUCAAGGAGUUGUUUUGAUUGCUCGCGAUAUAUCUUUUUUGACGGUCGACGGUCCGGACAUGGACAUCCGGAGCUGUCAUUACAAAGACGCGCGGUAAUCGCUAAAAAUGGCUGUGCCUCAUCUAGGCGUGAGUGAUAUCGUUCACCUGAACGUUGGUGGCACCAGAUUUUCCACAUCUCGCCAAACACUAACAUGGAUCCAGGAUUCGUUUUUUACAACUCUGUUAAGUAAUAGAAUUGACAGUCACAAGGAUGAGACUGGAGCACUUUUUAUAGAUAGAGAUCCAAAGUUAUUUUCCAUUAUAUUAAAUUAUCUUCGUACCAAGGAUAUUGAUCUGAAAAAUGUGGAUAUUCGGACUUUAAGACACGAGGCCGAGUAUUAUGGCAUUACUCCUCUAGUUAAACGCUUGGUACUCUGCGAAGACUUGACUCAGUCAUCCUGUGGCGAUGUAUUGUUUUAUGGCUAUUUACCGCCUCCAUGCAUACCACUUCAAGAACCUGUUGCAGUAACGUCCAAUGUCAGUGAUGUAACUGUUCAUAUUAGAGUUGGUCCUAAUGCAAGCUCUAGAAUUGAUGGACCGUCUACUUCGCAGUCUACACCAACCACCAAUUCUAUUAAUCCAAAUACAACUGGCCCACAGAAUCACAAAGGAACAUUAGGAACGCAUAUCAGAAAUUCUUCUUUAGAUUAUCGAUUGCCACAACGUGGUCUGCCACAUUCUCGUACACCAUCUCUAGAUCUGAGACACGUUAGAAAUAAUUCAGCUGAUCUGAAUAAAUUAUAUAAAAACGAUAUUGGCCUUGUAUUUGGAUUGCAACAAGUUUCAUCCUGGGUGGAUCCUUUAAGAGUACAGAUCAUAAAAGCGCAUCACAACUGGAUAGUUAUCGCUUACGCGCAUUUUAUCACGUGCUAUCGGCUGAAAGACUCGUCCGGAUGGCAACACGUGUUUACCAGUCCGCAUAUCGAGUGCAUAAUAGAGCGCGUGGCGAUAAACGCAAAGAUGGGAAGUGGAGCGGACGGCAAAAUGGUCGCUAUCUCCUAUGGCAGUCAAGUAAGACUCUGGGGUGUAUCCGAGGAAGGAAUCAAGAUCAACGUAGGCACAUUCAACCUGAAUGUCCGCGUAGAAUAUCUAUUUUUCAUUGGUAGCCAAUUGGUCGCGUUGUCACCGACUGGAAAAAUCGGUGUAUGGCAUGCGAUGACUCAUCACUGGCAAAUACAAGAUGUAGUACCCAUCCUGUCGUUUGACACAGCUGGAUCCUUUCUUCUCUUAGGUUGUAAUAAUGGAUCUAUUUAUUAUAUUGAUAUGCAAAAGUUUCCUUUGCGAAUGAAGGAUAAUGACUUGCUUGUAACUGAGUUAUAUCGAGAUCCGACUUAUGAUCCCAUAACAGCGAUAUCUGUGUAUUUGACGCCGAAAACAACAUCUGAGAGGGGAAAGGGAGGUCUUUGUGGAAAUUGGAUAGAAAUCGCUUAUGGCACGAAAUCCGGAAGUGUCCGAGUAAUCGUUCAACAUCCCGAAACAGUUGGCCAUGGUCCACAGUUAUUUCAAACUUUCACGGUACACCAGAGCAGUGUAACUAAGGUAACUCUUUCGGAAAAAUAUUUGGUGUCGGUUUGUUCCGAGUAUAAUCAUGUUAGAAGUUGGGCGGUUACCAGAUUUCGCGGGAUGAUUUCGACGCAACCAGGAUCAACGCCUGAGGCAAGCUUCAAAAUUGUUUCCCUGGAAGCAAUUGACCCAUGCGUUAGUUACAACGCCGGCAAUGAUUUUGGGCCGUUUGGCGAACAAGACGACGAGCAAGUAUUCGUGCAAAAGGUUGUGCCCGAAACCGAUCAAUUAUUUGUUCGAUUAGCAUCGAAUGGAAAGAGAGUUUGCGUGAUACAAUCGGUGGAUGGUAGUAUUAUAAGCUCAUUUUACGUGCACGAGUGUGAAGGCUCUAGUCGCAUGGGCUCAAGGCCUAGACGUUUCAUAUUCACUGGCCACUCUAACGGCACUAUACAAAUGUGGGAUCUCACAACGGCAUUGGAUCCGUCUUUCAAUGCCACUCAAAAUACUUCUGGAGGACCUACACCAGAAGAGCUUUGGAAAUUAUUAGAUCAAUGCGAUCUGAGUAAUAGUCAUUGCUCGACACCUUGUAUCAGUCCGUCACCUUCAUUAAUCGCAGCUGGGCCUAGAAUUAAGUCGAGUAAUGUGUUGUUUCUCAAUCAAUCGCAAAAUCCGGACGCAACGCCUGGAUCAAGCCAAACAUAAGUAUUUGACCAAACUAUAUUGCAAAAACAUGCCAGACAUGCUAUCCCAGAAUUUGCAUUUAUUUAUUUAUUUAUUUUAAUAAAAAAAUAAAUUUAAAAACUAAAAGUUUACAGUUCCUAAGUUAAUAUCUUUGCGCAUUUAUGUGUAAUGAUCCAACAUUACUCUAUCAAAGUUUUCUAUUUAUCUAUUUAAAUGGUGCAAUUUAAAAGUAUUAUAAAGAAGGACUGCAUAAACUCUACGACUAUGUUUUAAAAUA